AUGAAGCAGCGAUUGCGAUCCAAGGUUUGGUGGCCUAAAAUGGACCAAGACAUUGAACAGUGGAACAAAGCUUGUUAUGGAUGUCAACUAGUAUCACAACCUGAAAAAGUGGAACCUAUGCACAGAACAGAAUUACCAUCACGACCAUGGGAACAUUUAGCAGCUGAUUUCCUAGGACCAUUACCAUCCGGAGACUACAUUUUUACUAUCGUCGAUUAUUAUUCACGAUGGAUUGAUCUGGCUGCCAUGAGAUCUACAACAGCGGAGAAAAUGGUCGAAGUGUUGACAAAGAUUUUCAGUACACAUGGAUUACCUGUUUCUAUUACAACAGACAAUGGACCACAAUUUGUCAGUGAAUAUUUCAAAACAUACUGUGAAAUAAAUGGAAUCAUUCAUAGGAAGACCACCCCAUUGUGGCCACAGGCCAAUGGAGAAAUUGAACGUCAGAACAGAUCAAUAUUGAAGAGACUGAAGAUUGCACAAGCAGAAAAGAAAGACUGGAAAUCGGAACUUUAG